AGUUUGGAAACCCACUUGAGAAACAUUUGUAGGUUACACUUCCUUCUUAUUACUUACCCACCCACAAAUAAUUAAUAAUAAUGUGAGCCACAUUUGGGGUUUGUCUCUCUUCAUGAAACAGAGCACUCUGUUUCUCUUUCUCUCCCAUAGUGCCCAUCAUGCCCCGCCCAGGUCCCAAACCUUACGAUUGCGUCAAAAGAGCUUGGCACAGUGAAAUACACCAACCCAUCAGAGGAACUCUCAUUCAAGAAAUUUUCAGGGUUGUCAACGAGAUACAUGGGUCUUCUACUAAGAAGAACAAAGAGUACCAAGAGAAGCUACCCGUUGUUGUGCUCAGGGCAGAGGAAAUUAUUUACUCUAAAGCCAAUUCCGAGGCUGAAUACAUGGACCUUACAACACUUUUGGAAAGAACAAAUGAUGCUAUUGAUACAAUAAUUCGACGUGAUGAGCAUACAGAAACUGGAGAGUAUUUGCGCCCUUGCAUCGAAGCUGCUCUAAGUUUGGGUUGCUCCUUAACAAAAGCCACAAGGAGUCAACGCAACAACCAACGAUGUUACUUAAGUCGCAGCACUGAAGAGGUUCCAAAACUUUCUUAUGGCACGUUGCAUAAUACCGCAAAUACGAAGGAUCAUAAUAACACAAGGUCUCAAUGUGUGUCCGAGAAUGUACCUUCAGCUAGUAAAAAGCAAUGCGUGGAACACCAACCGCCACCAAAAUUGUUUUCAGUUUAUCCUCUGUACUAUGGGAACAACAACAACAUCCAACUUGGCAAUUCACAACAUCAUCAUGGGUUCAAAGUAUCACAUGUAUCUGUUUCUCACACUGGUGGACCUGCCCUUGUGGGUGGUGAUGGUGCUAGGAAUCUACUAGCCCAUAACUUAAAAAAUUCUUCAAAUGGGGGAUCCCAAUCAUUCAUUAUUAAUGGGGAUUUUGAGAAUCCAUGCACAAGAAAAUGUGAUCUAUCAUUGAGGUUAGGACCCCCUUAAUGUACCAUCGACCCCUAGUUUUGAAAAUGGUCAGAUUCAGGAAACUGAAGUUAGAAACAAUCUAAUUUGUUCGGACCUCUCAGAACGGUAAAAAGUUGGAGCUUCAAGGACAAUUAUGUGAGAAUGCAACCAACAACGGUACAAUUAACUGAACGCAGAUUUUAGAUGUUUUGCUUGAAGCCUAAGAUAGUGUGUACUAACUUUGAGAAAACUGUGAUCUCUAGUGUGUGAUUUGCUAUGCUUCUUGGAAAGCCUAGGCAUGUGUUACUACUAAUGGGUUAUGUAAAUAACAACUACUAUCAGAAGUAUAACCGUGGAUUAGCAUGUGUUUAGUUUUGAGUAAAUUAUUCACGUUUUGUUAGUGUGUUUGGUUUUGUAUAAA